AUGAAGGGUGUUCUGUUAUGGUCAUGUUUAAUCUUUUUGCAAUUGUUCAUUGGAGUAUUGGCCAAGGACUUCUAUGAAGUAUUGGGACUAUCUAAAGGUGCAUCUGAUCGGGAUAUAAAGGCUCAAUACAGAAAAUUAAGUAAAAUGUAUCAUCCUGAUAAAAACUCGUCUCCUGAUGCUCAUGACAAGUUUGUGGAGGUUGGUGAAGCAUAUGAAAUCUUACUGAAUGAGGAAAAGCGGAACAAUUAUGACAAAUAUGGUAGUCCUGAUGGUCCUCAGGGUGGUGGAGGUGAUAUCUUUGAACAAUUCUUUGGUUUUGGAGGAGGGGGUCACCACCGUCCUCAACAACCCAGAGGAAGCGAUACUCAAGUUGAUAUAAAGUUUUCUCUUAAAGACUUUUACACUGGCAGAGAACACGAAAUUAGUGUUCAGAUGACAAACUUAUGUGAUGCCUGCGAUGCCACUGGUUCUCGAGAUAAGGUAUACCAUAGGUGUAGCAAAUGUAAUGGUCAAGGUAUGCUUUUGCACAAACGUCAAUUAGCUCCCGGUAUGUUCCAGCAAUUCCAAGGUCCUUGCGAUGCCUGCAAAGGUACCGGAAAAACCAUUACUCAUAAGUGUAAUGAAUGUAAUGGAGAAGGUUCAAAGUUGGCAGUUAGAACUUACAGAAUUUACCUUCAUCCUGGUGCCGAAAGAAACCAUCGUAAUAUUCUUGAUGGAGAAGGUGAUCAUCGUCCUGGUGAAACUAGUGGGAACUUGGUUAUGUUUUACAGAGAAGAUUUCACUUCAAGUUGGGGCUAUAGACGUUUAGGAAAAAACUUGUAUCGAACAGAAGUGCUUACUUCUCAAGAAGCUACUAAGGGUGGCUGGAAUAGGCUGAUUCCUUUUUUUGAUAAUGACGAUCCAAUUAUCGUAUUGUCUAGACUGGAUGGUCAAGUUGUCCAACAUGGCGAAGUUGAAGUUAUCAAAGGUCGUGGGAUGCCUUAUUCCGAAGAAGAUGACCUUCAUGGUGACUUAUAUAUUGACUACGUGGUCUUGAAUGUUCCUACCCUGGGUGUAAAAGCCAAGGCUGGUCAUGAUGAAUUGUAG